AUGGAUCAAAAUGCAUCAGUCGUUGAUCAUGUACAAGAAGACGCAAACACCUCGGAGAAUGAUACAGCAAAAGAAGCCGCUUUGGAAUCGAGUUACAACCUCACAGGGACUGGGCUUCAUAGUUUCCUGCCUCCGGAGUCUCACAAGGUCAUACAGCAACCGCAAAACCGAACACACGACGAGGAAGACAGGUCAAAUGCGAUUUGUGUCCCCGGAGAUGCUGCGCAACCAGCAUGCGACUCGAUGCCGUAUAUUUCAUCGUCCCCAGAAUCGGCUGAUCGGGGAUACGAACUGGAGAGUCGAGCCCUGGAGUUCUUGGGAGACUUCAACCCCGGUGUCACAAGGCUUCCGGAUAGAGGUGUAGAUGGUGCAAGCAGUGCCAGUUCUGUCAAGAAGCGAGCAGUGAUCCAAGAAGCAGCUAAAGUUGCCCUUCAACGGCAACAAGCUGCAACUGGACUGGAAUCCAAUGCCGGCAAAAGAGCUCACAAAGUCGUCAGCAAUAUGUCUUCAUCUUCAGAAAGCGAGGGUGAGGGCCCCAUUUUGAACGAAAGAGGGCAGAUUAGCGACUGGGACUACAAGAGGAGGGAUGAGAAAUUUCAAAAGGAGCUCGCAGAUGCGCCGCUGACCACGGACAUAGCACCGAGUGGAGAGAAGACGACGGUGUUCUGGAAGAUGGUCCGUAGAAGGGGGCUCUACUUCGAAGACAUGAACGUGACGGGCGGCUUCACGGACAAAUACGGGCGGAAAGUGAACUAUGCCGGCGUUCCUCUCCCAGCUGAUCCAAAACAGCGACCAUUCCGCGACAAGGAGUUAGGUACCCUGCGACUCAGGAAGGGCAGUGGGGGCGCGUAUAGCUCUCGACACCGCUGA